GAAAAGAAAAAGCCUUUCUUUCUGUUGAUUGUAAUAGUGUCAUAAAAUUCUCAUAUUAUUUCAUUUCUGUUGGUCGAUUGUAGCUGCUAUUGAGUUCUCGAACAAGAAACUCGGUGAAAUUUUUGGUGCUUUAUUUUAGUUUGCAAUCCAAAAUCGAGAGUUUUCUUGUGGGGUAUCUUCUAGUCUAGGGUUUGCAUUUCCUUCUUCUUUUAGGGUUUGUUAUCAGAUUUUGUUAAUCAAUUUCCUCUUUUUUCCCAUUUAUUCUCUUCCAAUCGUCCAUCUUCCUUUCUUGUUACCCCCUUUUUGCAAGAACAGGUGUCGACCUCUAGGUGUUUGGCGUUACAAUCUGGAGUUCGAUUAAUCUUUUCUUGAUUCUUUUGUUUUGGGAGGAGAAAGAAAUAUAUAUUUGCCCUAUAGAAUGACCUUGAACUUUUCUAGUCGGCCCAUCUUUCCUGCUAAUCCGUCCGAAGACAAUUUACUUUCCUCCAUUAGAAUUGCCAAUGGCUACGUUGUGGAGGGAAUUCCCGACAAGAACUCAUAUGGUUUUGGUAAACCACGUCGUUUCAACUGGGAAAUUGAGGAUUCCUAUGAUUGCAAAAGGGACAGAGCUGAUAGGGAAGGUUCUCACGAGCCAAUCUCCAAUGAUAUUCUUGACAUCCUUCCAUCGGAUCCCUUCGGCAUGGAUAUAAGUGCCACUUUUACUGCUAUCACGGGUUGGAUGGAGGACCUGGAAGCAGACUCUGAGAACUACAUGAGAGGUGAAGCUAGUGCAAAGAAAGGAGAUUAUCAGUUAGUUGCGGGGUUGAAUUUUAUCUGGAAUAGUGCCAUGAGGUUUCAGACGGAGCCAGGAUCCAUUGGAAUUGGUGAACGAUCAAACCCAGUUGGUAGGUUUGAUGGAUGGUUGGAGGACAAAGAAUUUGGGGAUGGAUCAUGUGACGGUGGCUUCGGAUCAGUUACAUCAGUAUGCAAUGUGGAGGAGAUCCCUAGUUCUGAUGAUGACGGUGAUUCUCGUGCUGCCAGCUGUCGAUCCAAUGAGUGUCAUGAGGGUGCUGAAUAUUGUCCUCCUGGAGAAGAAGCAGAUGCUCCACACGAGGCUUUGCUCUUUGCCCUCAGUUAUCUUGGUGUACAGGAUCUCCUUUCUGUUGAAAGGGUUUGCAGAACUCUCCGUUCUGCAGUGCAAAAUGACGCCCUCCUGUGGAUGAAUAUUCAUAUAGACCAGCCAUUGAGUGAAAGGAUCACAGAUGAUGCUCUUAUGCAGCUAAUUGGCCGAGCUCAAGGCAAUUUGCAAUCUUUGAGUCUAGUGGAGUGCUCAAGGAUCACAGAUGAUGGUCUGAAACGCAUCCUUGAAACUAAUCCAAGAUUAAACAAGCUGAGUGUCCCAGUAUGUACGAGACUCAGUGUUGAGGGAAUCGUGAAUAACUUGAAGGCUUUCAAGUCUUCCGGGGCACCUGGGAUAAAACACCUAAGGAUUGGUGGCCUUUAUGGUGUAACUAAUAGACACUAUGAAGAGUUGAAGCUCUUGUUGGGUUCAGAAAAUUGUCAACAGCCAAAAUAUCAUAAACCACGGUUUUAUCACUGUGGACAUUUGUCUCCCUCUUGUGACGAUGAUCGUGCUAUUGAUAUUGAAAUGUGUCCAAGAUGCCAGAAUUUGAGACUGGUCUAUGAUUGCCCUGCAGAGAGCUGCCAAGCGAAGCAGACUGCUUCCCAGUUGUGCAGGGCAUGCACAUUCUGCAUUGCACGGUGUGUCCAAUGUGGGCGGUGUGUCAAUGAUGGUGAAUAUGAGGAGACAUUCUGCCUGGACUUGAUUUGUUUAAGCUGUGGGAAGCAACUACCGAGUUGCCCGGAAAUGCAGGACAAAGAUGUUCCCUUCCACCAAGAAACUAGGUACGAUAUUCACCUCAAUGGCUAG